AUGGAACACCCGGUGCUGUUCGAUACGAUGGAAGAGGCAAGUGCAGUUUUGGAUGGGCUUGAGAACGCUCGUUUUUUCAUCGACAACAAUGGGAGAACGACGACGCUGUUAUCGUGCACGUCUCAUGUCGACUGCGCUGCGGUGGCACGGAUCAAAUGCAACAAAGAUGAGCAGUAUGGUUUAUCCAGAAGUGGGAUGCACACUACUGAGCCAGCCCCCGGUGUAGAGCAGCGAACCGGUAUUCACAAGCCGCUGCUGCCGGAGAUCGACAAUUUGUUGCUCGGAGGCCAAGGACCCAAAACGUGUUUGAACACGCUUCGCAUGAGAUACAAGGGGUCGCCUGAACAGCUCAACUUGCUGCCAAGCACCAGCCAGCUCAAAACCCGAGCUCACAAGCUGAGAAAGCGCGCCGAUUUCUCCAUCACGACCUACGCAGAUGAUGGAGUGGGCAUCGCCGAGGAUGUGCACAACAAGGAGUAA